AAGGAGGACGAAGGGACCGUCCGCCAUCAUUAAAAACGACGAGGCGAGCUUCGCAUUUCCCUCCGCCCUCGCCAAGUCUUCGAUUGGAGAGAGAGAGAGAGAGAGAGAGAGAGAGAGCAAGGUCGUCGAGACAGAAGCAUGUCAGGCAUCGCCCGUGGCCGCCUCGCCGAGGAGAGGAAGGCUUGGCGCAAGAACCAUCCCCAUGGUUUUGUGGCGAAGCCGGAGACUCUGCCUGACGGUACCGUGAAUUUGAUGAUUUGGCAUUGCACUAUCCCUGGUAAAGCUGGGACUGACUGGGAGGGAGGAUAUUUCCCACUCACACUCCACUUCAGCGAAGAUUACCCCAGUAAACCUCCGAAGUGUAAAUUUCCUCAAGGGUUCUUCCACCCGAAUGUGUAUCCUUCUGGAACUGUAUGCUUAUCAAUUCUUAAUGAGGAUAGUGGUUGGAGACCAGCAAUAACAGUGAAGCAAAUUCUUGUGGGCAUUCAGGACUUGCUAGAUCAGCCAAAUCCUGCUGAUCCUGCUCAGACUGAAGGGUAUCAACUGUUCAUCCAGGAUGCAGCUGAGUACAAGAGGAGAGUCCGACAGCAGGCCAAGCAAUAUCCUCCUCUGGUCUGAUCCCCCCACAUAUAUAUGCUGUAUUUGUGAGUUACGGCAAAUAUUGUUGGUGAUUUAGUAAUGGUCAGUUGCUCUCUGAUUGCCUUCCCGCUUGAUUCUAAUAACUAUGAAGGCUGCUGCUUCUGUGGGUAGGCUAGACCCUCGAUUGAUGUUUGGUAAUUUGUUGCUGCAAGUCACCAACUGUUUUAUAAUACCCCCUUGAAUCUUGUACUCUUGUCGAUAUUUUAGGUGCUGAGGAUAAUACCUCAUCAGCUAAUUGUUACUACUGUUCUAUGUGUUAUCUAGUGCUUGCUUGCAGUUUCUUGUCAGUAAUACAAAUUGUUCAGAGACUUUUUAAACA